AUCGUCCUCGACCCCUCUUGAAGAUUUCUUUGCUCAAUAUCCCUCAUACGAUUAUGAUUCAUCUAACUCCGCGUCGCACGAGUUCUAUGAUUUGUGCGACUGGAUGCAGUGGGAGGAGAAUGAUGCUGUUCGGAGGAAUGCCCAUAAUGCCUUCAAAGACGCUCUCGUCAUGCAAUUCAACCAGAUAUACGGAACAGAUGAAAACGAUAUAGCCGCCUGGCGCGAUCUUUGUCAGGUCGUGGGGAUUUCGCCAAUCCCGGAUGACCUCGAAAGUUGUCGACAGAAAGUGAAAAAUACCCAUGUGAAUAUCGUCGAUUUGGUUGAUACGAAGGGCUCUGGAGAGAUGGUGGAGUCGUUCAGGUCUGAGAUGAAGCUCAGUGAGUACACGAAGGCGGAGGGGAAGUUUUUCCCGAGGGAGAACGCCUACGCCGGUGGCUUGCUCAAGUUUCUCCUUCGCCAAAUCAUGUCCCCACCGCCGGAGCAUUCCAGCUCGAGGCACAGGGCCAACCGGCGUAGGUAGUAAAUCAGGUGGGGACGAUGCCUGCAGCCCAUAGUCACAUUUGUGUGGAGCCGACUGUGUAUAACAUCUUGUACUUCACUUUUUAUCGUACUAGUAGGCAACGCGAACUUGCUGGACGUCGACUCGGAACUCUGGGAG